AUGGAUUACUUCAACAUCAAACAAAAUUACUACACGGGGAACUUCGUGCAAUGUUUGCAGGAAAUAGAGAAAUUCAACAAGACUACAGACAACACUUUAUUAUACUACAAGGCCAAAACCCUUUUGGCCUUGAAGCAAUACCAGUCACAGGACUCCUCCUCUAAGCUUGGUAAGGCCUUGGACUUAUAUGUCCAAUUUCUAGAUACGAAAGAUAUCACAGAAUUAGAAAGUUUAUUAAAGGAUAAGCAUAGUUCACCAUUUGAAUUACAUCUAUUGGCCACUGCUCAGGCUAUCUUGGGUAAACUGGAUGAAAGUUUGGAGACAUGUGUGGAGGGCAUCGAUAAUGAUGAAUCAGAAGGAACCACGGAACUAUUGCUACUUGCUAUCGAGGUUUCUUUGUUAAACAACCACGUCUCUACCGCUUCUACCAUCUUUGAUAACUAUACUAACGCUAUUGAAGAUACUGUAACUGGUGACAACGAAAUGAUUUUAAACCUUGCCGAAUCAUACAUCAAGUUUGCUAUGAACAAAGAAGCAGCGACCUCCAAUUUUUACUAUUACGAAGAGUUAUCCCAAACUUUCCCCACUUGGAAAACCCAGUUGGGAUUGCUCAAUCUACAUCUACAGCAAAAAAACGUGGCUGAAGCUCAAGGUAUUGUUGAAUUAUUACUUUCUGAUUAUUAUAGCGUCGAGCAAAAAGAAAAUGCUGCAUUGUACAAAUCUAGCUUCCUAGCAGACCAAAUUACGCUUGCUCUGAUGCAAGGUCUUGACAUUGAAGAUCUGACAAAUCAGUUGGUAGAGGUAGAUCAUGAACACGAAUUCAUCAAGCACCACCAAGAAAUUGACGCAAAAUUCGAUCAAAUAGUCGGGAAAUAUGACGUCUCAAACUAA